GGCAAACGUGGUGUAUCAGUCUGUUAAGUUUAUUUUUCAUAACCACACAGCAUUUUUUAAAAACUAUUAUGGAGCCAUCUCACUACUGCGAAUGUCAUAACAAGAAAUACACAUUGAAUAGUGGCACUGUGCAUCUACAGGUCUCAUAUUUAGUUUUACUAUCAUCCACAAUUGUAAUCGCCAAUGACUCUAAUUGGCAUGAGACUGACUAGAUGCUAAUCACGUGACCAGAGUAUUGUCAUUUACGUGCAUUAGGGUAACCCGUUGUUGUCGUCGACGUGCUGCUGUCAUUAAGUGUUCACUGUUGUUGUUGUUGUGGUUGUAGUCGAGGAGGCAGCAUCCCUGUCCCCGUCGGAGUCCUCUCUGGGAGGGGGGUGUCGUGGGGGGCGGAGCGGCAGCUGAACUCAGGCGACUUUUUUUUCUUUCCCCCAAGAAGUCAAACGAAGGCAUAGCCCGACCUACUCUGCCUUUGAUUGGCGGACUCUGAUAUUCGUAUCCCAACUCUAACCAAUCACCACUCCUCGUCCAACCAACUUCACAUCAAAGGCAACGAGUACUAGCCAAUCAGAGACAGAGUGAGGCGGGUCGUACCCUCCGCUCCACUACUCGGUCUGUCGUGACAGAAAUUAAUGAACAGAAACACUAGCAACUUCUGUUUUUUUUUUUCUUUCAGGCGUCAACUUGUGCAGUUUGGUCACUUUGAUACGUAAUUUCUGCUACAGAAAUUAAAAUGGACACGAUAAUAAAGGUACCACGGGUCCCCAACGCUAAAAUGAUGCUAUGGACAGAUGUGAGCUAUCACAACAUGGAGGAGAUCGACAACAAGCAGUCAAUUACAGAUCUGGAGAGUGUUUUAUGCAGUGUGUUUGGAGUUGACCUCGCUGAACCAAAGAGGGGAGUUCUGCUGGAGUUGUACGUGCAGACUGUGCUCUUUUGCAGAGAGAGGAGCUUCAAAAAGGAACAAACCUCUGCUCUGCUGUCCAUCGUCAAGUCCAUCCAUGAGGCUAACAUAGAAACACCACUCGACAACAUAGAACAGUGUUUUGAAUACUGCAAGGAGCUUAUCCUCUGUCACUCUGUCAGGCGACCUCCCUUUAGUAUCGACCUCUUCAACUCUGAGGAGGCCAACUGUAUCUUUAAGUAUAUCCAUAACAGCUAUAUGAGACACUACAAACUCUAUAAAUAUAUAUUCACUCCACAGGUUAAACUUGAUUUGACAUUGACUUACUCUCGGAUCCCAGACCACGAGGAUUCUUCUGCCCCAGAAACUGCACAGCAGAACGAUGAAUUUCCUGAAACACAUGAGCACACAUCCAUCAUAGACCGAGAGGAAAGCGCACUGGGUCCCACAGCAGAUCUGAAGGCGCUGAUAGAGAAGGGAGUCACAGAGCAGAUGAUGCAUUUGUCUGGACAACUCGAUGAGAGAAUGAAAGAAAUUGCAGAUCAGCACAACAGCUCAUUGAAUUCUCCACAAACCAACCUCAAAGAUAAAAAAUAAUGGAUGAUGUUAAUAAACGAUGAAAGCCUCCUUUA